GGGUAAUCUAGCUGUGUACUGUCUGUACUGUGUAAACAAUCAUGAACGAAGAGCGCAACUAAGUAUCGUGUUUUCGCAGUAACUACAUGCACAUUGGUUUAUUGUAGCGAUGUACAUGUACUUUCGUUUGUGUGCACUGAUUAAUUGUUCUUCUGGCUAUGUAAAGCGGAAGGAAAAUGUCCAUGUAUGCUCUUCCGAGUAACACAAACUUUGUUUUGUUUUUAUUAUUGUUGUUUUACUGCUACUGUGCGGGAACAAGCCGAUAAUGGAUCAAGAAAAGGAAGAAUGUGUAUCAGACACACAGCAGUGGAUGAAUAAAGCAUUUGAUAUUGCGGAAUUAGCCCUUAGCAAUGGCGAAGUACCUGUCGGUUGUGUGUUUGUCUGUCGGAAUGACGUUAUAGCUGAUGGUGCAAACACAGUUAAUAGAACAAAAAAUGCAACAAGACACGCCGAGAUGAACUGCAUAGAUAUGGUAAUGCGUUCGUGUAAAAUAGCUGAUGUAGAUUGGAGAAAAGUAUUCCCCGAAGUUGAGGUUUUUGUGACUGUGGAGCCAUGCAUCAUGUGCUGCAGUGCACUGUCAAGCCUACACGUUAAACGAGUGACAUAUGGAUGCGACAAUUUUCGUUUCGGUGGCUGUGGAUCUGUCCUCGAUGUACCACAGCUCACAGACAAUCCACUGGUGACAGUGUCUGGAGUGCAGAAGGACCGUGCCAUUGCACUGUUGAAGCAGUUUUAUCAGGGCAGCAAUCCUAAUGCUCCCCCUUCCAAAAUUGCAAAGAAGGAGGCACGAUUAGAAAGGAGAGCCAUUAGGGAAAAGCAGGAUUGCGAGGACAUUCACUCCAAAACAGAAAGUGCUAUGAAUUGUCCUGUUCCUGACAAGUCUAACAAUACUGGGCAAAGUAAUCACAUUGUGAACUGAAGCACUGAAGAUAAUUACUAUGUAUUUAUUUGUCGUAAUAAAGUACCCCAUAUCCUCUUACUUCUCUUUGUCUUCCAGUUUUCAUCUGGCUCCAGGGAUGUGCUGAACAUCAUUUCCUGUGUUUAUGCCAUUUGGACUAUAUGGUAUUUUGACUUUGUAUAUCUGUCAUUAUCCAUUGGAAUGACACGGUAUGGAUACAUAAGUGUGUGGGAAGACUGUAAUUCAUGUUUACAGAUAAUUCCACAUUAGGUUACUAUGAAAAAUUGCACAACCCGACUACUGACUAUUAUCACCAAAAUUUGCAUCAUUUACCAUAGUACCAACAUGAUGCAAUGUGGUGACUGCCACAGUGGAAACAAAAGAUGUACACUAAACACCAAAUUCUUAGUUUUUACUGUAACCUACUGAAUGUGCCAUGCACAUGUAUGCAGCUUUACUUUCACUCUUGUUUCAUGUGAAAUAAAGAAGUGUCAAACACUACACUAAUUACUGA